GUGGUCUGUGUUCCUUGGAGCAGAGUGGUGUCAAACUUCAGCCUCACAGUGGAGGAGGUCCUCGCGGACACCAACAGCACCGAGGCGGACAGAGCCUGCUCCAACAUGUCUUACGGCCUGCUGUCCUGUGUGGCCGGCACCCUCACUCUUGUCCCUUACCUCCGGGUGUCCUCGCUCCCCAAGAUUAUCCUGCUCCUCCUGCUCUCUGUCACCUACACCGUCGUCAUGGAGACCAGCGGCUAUCGACAAGCUGUGGGAGGAGGUUUUCUCCACACACGGGGGUACGAUCCUGUGUUGGCUGCCUUGCUGUUUUUUGGUGCUCUGGCUCUUCAUUCAAGACAGCUGGACCUGAAGCUGCGGCUCGACUAUCUCUGGGCUACUCAGGCGGAGGAGGAGAGGGGGGACAUGGAGAAGGUGAAGCUGGACAACAAGAGGAUCCUGUUCAACCUGCUGCCGGCACAUGUGGCUCAGCACUUCCUCAUGUCGAACCCCAGGAACAUG